ACCGAAAAAAAGGCAUCCUCUUGCCUCAAACAAGCCUUGGUUGAGAUGCAUCCGUAUUUCCACCUAGCCUUCCUUUCCUUGCUGUUGCGAAUUCCUCUGGCCUUAGGAGAUUGUGUAGAUUUGGGCCUUGGAAUGGAAGAUGGAGAAAUUCCAAAUGGUAAAGUUACUGCUUCUUCUGAACAAAGCGCCAACACACCAGCCACGAAUGGUCGACUGAACUACACAUCAGGAUCAUCAUGGUGUGCAGGAACAGGUGAUACUAACCCAUAUCUACAGAUUGAUCUACAGACACUUCAUAUCAUCUGUGCUGUGUCCACUCAAGGGAAUUCCAAAGCAGAUCAGUGGGUGAAGGACUACAAACUACAAUUAUCCACAGAUGGGACAACUUGGACAGACUACAAGGAAGCUGGACAAGUUAAGGUGUUGAGGGGAAAUAAUGACAGAGACACAACUGUUAAACAUGUUAUUUAUGGAGUGUCAACAAGAUAUCUUCGAUUCCUACCACAAACUCAGCAGGGUGGGGUGUGCAUGAGAACAGAGGUGUUCGGAGUACAACAAGAACGAGUUUGUGAAAUGAAGGGCAUUGGUCUGGUUACUGGUGGUGCAAUUCCUGACAGCAGCUUCACAGCCUCAUCAUAUUAUGAUAAUAGAUAUAAACCUUCUUAUGCCCGACUGAAUGGAAAUAAUCGAGGUUGGGCACCCAAGACUACAACCAAUCCUGCUGACUUCUUACAAAUUGACCUGCUGCAUAACUAUGUCAUCUGUUCUGUAGCUACACAAGGAGCUAAAGGUAUCAAUGAGUGGACAACAAACUACAAGAUCCAGUUAUCAUUGGAUGGUACUACAUUUUUUACCUAUAAAGAAAAGAAUACUGACAAGGUUUUUCCCGGAAACUCAGAUCAAAAUAGCAUCACAAAGAACAGUCUAAAGGAAUUUUCAAGUGCAAAGUUUAUCCGUUUUCUGCCAACAGCAUAUUAUAGUUGGAAGGCCCUGAGAGUGGAAGUUUAUGGAAUAGUUCCAACCAAAGUUUGCAAAAUGGAGGCCAUUGGUCUGGCCACUGGUGGUGCAAUUCCUGACAGCAGCUUCACAGCCUCAUCAUAUUACGAUAGUAGAUAUCAACCUUCUUAUGGUCGACUGCAUGGAAAUAAUCGAGGUUGGGCACCCAAGACUACGACCAAUCCUGCUGACUUCUUACAAGUUGACCUGCUGUAUGAGUACAUUAUCUGUGCUGUAGCUACCCAAGGAGCUAAUGGUAUCAAUGAGUGGACAACAAAUUACAAGAUUCUCUUAUCGUUGGAUGGCAUCACGUUUUUCACCUAUAAAGAAAACAAUAUUGACAAGGUCUUUCCAGGAAACUCAAAUCAAAGAGACAUCAUAAAAAACAAUCUACGGGAAUUUGCGAGUGCAAAGUUUAUUCGUUUUCAGCCGACGGCCUAUUAUAGUUUCAAGGCUCUGAUGGUGGAAGUUUAUGGAAUUCUUCUAACUAAAGUUCCAUCGCAACCACCGACAGACUUCAAUUUGACUGCAAGCUCUUCUACUAGCAUUGCAGCUUCCUGGCAGUUACCACCAGUACUAGCGAGACAUGGAAGAAGCAUUACAGGGUUUAAACUGUUCUAUAAAGAAAAAAGUUCAGCAGGGCUGGAAACCACCUUGCCUAUCAACAGCGGAUCAAUGCUAAGUCAAAAUGUUCUGGGACUUGAUAAGUACACAGAAUAUGAAUUUCAAAUCUUGGCUUUUACAUCUGAUGGGGAUGGCCCAAAGACCCCUGUUAAGGUGAAGAGAACCAAAGAAGAUGUUCCUUCGGGAUCACCUGGUAACUUCACUGUGACUGCAAGCUCUUCGACUAGUGUAACAGCAUUCUGGCAGUUACCAUUAGCAGACUUCAGAAAUGGAAUCAUCAUAGGAUUUAAAUUGUUCUACAAAAGAAAAAGCUCUGGAGAACCAGCAACCAUAAUAACUAUCAACAAUGGAACAACCAGUGCUAAAGAUAUCACUGGGCUUGUUAAGUACACGGAAUAUGAACUUCAAGUAUUGGCCUUUACUUCUGUUGGUGAUGGACCAAAGAGUUCUUCAAGGAUUGAAAGAACAAAAGAAGAUGUUCCAUCGAAACCUCCAAACAAUUUUACUGUGGAUGUAAUCUCUUCUACCAGUAUUAAAGCAUCCUGGCAGUUACCACCAGAGGACUCCAGAAAUGGAGUUGUCCGAGGAUUUAAAUUGUAUUACAAAAAGAGAGGCUCCACCGGGUUACUAAAUACUUUAACUAUUGGAAAUGAGACGAUUCGGACCAAGGAUGUCAUUGGACUAGACAAGUACACACAGUAUGAAUUUCAAGUGUUGGCCUUCACUUCUGUUGGUGAUGGAGCAAUAAGUUUGGCAAAAGUCGCAAGAACGAAGGAAGAUGUUCCAUCCCAACCUCCAAGAAACUUCAGUGUGACCGUAAGCUCGUCCACGAGUGUUACAGCAUCCUGGAAGCUACCUUCUGUUGAAUCCAGGCAUGGAAUUGUCCUAGGAUUCAAAUUGUACUACAAAAAAACAGGCUCCAGCGGGUUACCAAACACUUUAACCAUUAGGAAUGAGUCGGUGGGUGCAGUAGAGUUCACUGGAUUAGACAAGUACACAGAAUAUGAAUUCCAAGUGUUGGCCUUUACUUCAGCUGGUGAUGGACCAAAGAGUUCGGCUGAAGUCGCGAGAACGAAGGAAGACGUUCCUUCGAAAGCUCCAAGUAACUUCUCAGUGACGGCGAGUAACUCUACCAGUAUUACAGCAUCUUGGCAGUUACCACCAGUAGACUCUAGAAAUGGAGUCAUCACAGGAUUUAAAUUGUUCUUCAAAAAGAGAGGCUCAGCAGGAUUACCAGCCGCUUUAACUAUGAGCAACGGACAAAUUCGUUUUAAACAUGUGACUGGGCUUGACAAAUACUCCGAAUAUGAAUUUCAAGUGUUAGCGUUCACUUCUACGGGUGAUGGACCAAGGAGUGCUGUUGCUGUCGAGAGGACAAUGGAAGAUGUUCCAUCCCAGCCUCCAAGAAACUUCAGUGUGACUGUUAGCUCGUCGACGAGUGUUACAGCAUCCUGGAAGCUACCUUCAGUUCAAUCCAGGCAUGGAAUUGUCCUAGGAUUCAAAUUGUACUACAAAAAGACAGGCUCCAGCGGGUUACCAAACACUUUAACCAUUAAGAAUGAGUCGAUUGGUACAGUAGAUGUCAUUGGAUUAGACAAGUACACAGAAUAUGAAUUCCAAGUGUUGGCCUUUACUUCAGCUGGUGAUGGACCAAAGAGUUCGGCUGAAGUCGCGAGAACGAAGGAGGACGUUCCUUCGAAAGCCCCAAGUAACUUCUCAGUGACGGCGAGCAACUCUACCAGUAUCACAGCAUCUUGGCAGUUACCACCAGCAGACUCCAGAAAUGGUGUCAUCACAGGAUUCAAAUUAUUCUUCAAAAAGAGAGGCUCAGCAGGAUUACCGGCCGCUUUAACUAUGAGCAACGGACAAAUUCGUUUUAAACAUGUGACUGGGCUUGAUAAAUACUCCGAAUAUGAAUUUCGAGUGUUAGCGUUCACUUCUACGGGUGAUGGACCAAGGAGUGCUGUUGCUGUCGAGAGGACAAUGGAAGAUGUUCCAUCCCAACCUCCAAGUGACUUCAGCGUGACUGUAAGCUCGUCCACGAGUGUUGCGGCAUCGUGGAAGCUGCCUGUUGUUGAAUCCAGACAUGGAGUCAUCAUAGGAUUUAAAUUAUCUUACAAAAAGAAAGGACCUGCAACAAUACCAGUCAUUCUGAAUUUCACGAAUGGGACAGUCAAGAGCAAAGACAUCACUGGACUCGAUAAAUACACAGAAUAUGAAUUUCAAGUCCUGGCAUAUACAUAUGUUGGGGAUGGACCCAAGAGCCAUGUCAUUGUUUUGAGAACAAAGGAAGAUGUUCCUUCGGGAUCUCCAGGUAACUUCACCAUGAACGCAAGCUCUUCGACUAGUGUAACAGCAUUCUGGCAGUUACCACCAUCAGACUCCAGAAAUGGAAUCAUCAUAGGAUUUAAAUUGUUCUACAAAAGAAAAAGCUCUGACGAACCACCAACUAUAAUAACUGUCAACAAUGGAACAAGCAGUGUUAAGGAUAUCACUGGGCUUGCUAAGUACACGGAAUACGAAUGUCAAGUGUUGGCCUUCACUUCUGUUGGUGAUGGACCAAAGAGUUCCUCAGAGAUUACGAGAACAAAAGAAGAUGUGCCCUCAAAGCCUCCAAGAAAUUUCUCAGUGACUGUGAGCUCCUCUACCAGUAUUACAGCUUCCUGGCAGUUACCACCAGUAGACUCUAGACAUGGAAUCGUCACGGGAUUUAAACUGUUGUACAAGAAGAAAGGUUCUACGGGGUCGUCAAACAUAAUUACUAUUUCUAAUGGGACGAUCCAUGCAGAGGAUAUCACUGGCCUUGAUAAGUACACAGAGUACGAGUUUCAAGUGUUGGCCUUCACUUCUGUUGGUGAUGGACCGAAGAGUUCCCCUCAUGUAGAGAGAACAAAGGAAGACGCUCCAUCUAAAGCUCCGGUUGACGUGUCUGUGACGGCAAGUUCUUCUACCAGUAUUACCGUGUUAUGGAAGCCCCCACCAGAAAACGCAAUACAUGGAAUAAUCAAAGGUUUUAAAUUGUUUUACAAAAGAAGAAGCUUUUUAGGAUCUGCAACCGCCAUAACUAUUAACAGUGGAGCAUCAUUAAGAAAAGAUUUCACUGGGCUUGACAAGUACACAGAAUAUGAAUUUCAAGUGUUGGCCUUCACUUCUGUUGGUGAUGGACCAAAAAGUCCCGUUGAGGUCGAGAGAACAAACGAAGAUGCGCCGAGUGCUCCUCUUUCGUUUGCCUAUAAGGAAGUUGCCCCGAAUAAGAUGCAUGGUCCAAGAUUAAACUUGACUUGGAGCAAGCCAGCAGAAGCUAAUGGAAUCAUUAGAAAUUACACUCUGUCCUAUGCAAACAAAGAUGGUGAAACAAAGCAAAGUGUUGGAGGAGACGCGUUCAGUUACUUGGUAGAUGUCCUGGGCGGAGUUACGUAUCAUUUCUAUAUCACAGCUGUAACUAUCAAACCGGGACAAAAUGGCUCUUUUUCUGUGAAAACCAAAGAGUACGAGCCCAGCCGUGGACCAGAAAAUGUAUUGUCUAUCGAAAUUGGGCGCACAGAAUAUCAGAUAACCUGGGAUGUUUUGCCCAGAGAGGUUGCAAAUGGGUUCAUUAAAAUAUAUCAAGUGAGACUUCUGUUGAAAGAAAGUUGCUCCUCGGUUGACGCUUCGUUUAAUUCGACAUUCAACACAACUAAAACAGAGAUUUUGUUGUCCAGUCUCUCAAUCUGCUCAAGGUAUGAAGUGUCGGUUAGAGCCUUCACUGUAGCGGGACCUGGGCCUUACAGCGAGCCUUUAGUGAUCCAGACUUUAGAUGAAGUUUGGUCUCAUAAAAAGCCUUCCCCAGCAGAAUUCUCUAGUGACGGAGGAAUCACAGCAAAAGUAACACUCCCAAAUUUUAUGGGAAAUGUAAGUUUUUUUCAAGUCAUCGUGAUUACAUAUCGCUCUGGCUACAACGGUGUCGUAAAGCCACCAGCGGAUUUUACAACACAAGAACUGAUGACUUAUGAAGAAGCUCACAAAUCUCCAGUGCCUGCAGCCUAUGUCACUUUCCAGUUUGGAGGAAAUGAUCUUAACAAUCACCAAGAAUUUACUGUAGGAGAUGGAGUCCAAUCAAACAGUAAAAUAAGGAAAAAGAGAAGUAAUGGCGAGGAGUAUUAUUACAACAAACCAUUGCACCCAAAUACGAAUUACAGAGUGUUUCUCAGAGCUUUUGUCACAGAGACGCUGUAUACCUCAAGCAGUUUCAUAGCGCUGAAAACUAAAGAUAAGCCAGUGAUCAAGGAACUACCAGAAAAGACAACCAUAAUUGUUGGUGAAAAGGCAGAGUUGACGUGUGAGGCCAGCGGAGAUCCACAACCUUCUGUUACGUGGAGUAAAGAUGGAGACACCAGUAUACCACGGGCCAACUUUAACAACGAUGGCAAGGUACUUGUUAUCCGAGACGUGAUGCAUCGUGAUAGCGGUGUCUAUGAAUGUACAGCAUCGAACAGUUUUGGAGCGAGCCAUUCAGCUACAACUUUGAUAGUGGCUGAUAAACAAAGUAACUUUCCUGUUGCUGUCAUCAUUGUGCUCUGUGUUGUUUUUGUGUUAUUGGCUGUCAUUGGCCUACUGGUAUGCAAGUGGAAGAACAGACGAGCUAGAAUCGAACUAAAUGACAAAACAAAGGAACUGAACAGAAUCAUCUGUGACGACAUGGCUCCACCCAACUCUUCGUAUGAACAACUUGCGUCUUCUCCAGGACCGUGUCUUCAACUCCACUCGAUGUUUUCCGAAGGCCAGUCGCCUGCAUUUCCUGAUCUUCAAGGUUUGAAGUUUGAAAACAGAGCAUAUGAUGGCCAAAGUGUGAGCUCUGAGAAAGAAAUUGAGGAGAGUGACAAAGAAGAAGGGGAAGAAGUUGUUAAUGACACAGGAAAUAGUGUGUGUUGAUUUGGUUCUAUUCUUCUCACUGCUCUCGACCACCUUUACAUUUACAUUUAGCUUGAAGGACGCUGCCCCGGUUUGCACCUCUGCCCUGUUAGAAGUGAAACCCUAACACUCGUUGUUCUGUUGUCUCUUUCUUUAUUCUCCUGUACCACGCACGUUAAUAGAACUGCAACUAGCUCAAAUCUCUCAAGGAAAGUGUGGUUCACCGCUUAUAUACAAUUUACACUUGACUAGCGAAUCACGCUAAGCUAUGCAGAGCGGAGUUCGCAUACUAAAUAGAUACCUUCGCGAUGUUUACGCUUUACAAAACGAUUUUCCACUCUAAAUUUCUUAGUCUUACGGUUAAGUUCGGGCAAAACAAAAAGAAGAUUGACAAUGUAAAAAUUAUAAUAAACUUACUAACAGAAUAAAAAUCAUAGUUGAGGAGAUAUCCUGAUAGAAAAUAGUCCUCGAGGACUGUUACAUAACAUCAGAAUAAACAGAAAAAAGGGCGUACCCAAUGUACCGCCCCUAAAAGAGCUACGUGCUAUUCGUAUAAAAUUCAGUGCGGAAGAUGAAAAGUACUAGUUGCUUACACCCUAAGAUAUCUCUAAGAAAAAGGGGUGUCGAACGUGCUACAUUAAAAUUUAAGGACUAUCAUCCUGACUGGGAAUUCGACAUGGAUUUAGCCUAAAAACGAGAAUAUUAAAGAGGUCAAAGUAUAAGGAAGGUUAUUUCCAGGAAAAUCCAGUUCGGGAUCAAUUUUUAUAAGGUAAAGUCAUUUUCUUAGUAAUUAAACAUCUUUUAGCAACAUAACGGAAAUAUACCGAUAUCUAGUCGCAAAUCGCAGUUUACACAAAAACAUCUGUCUCCAUGUCCCAUAAGAAGGAAAAGGUGACCAAAAUUCUACCAGUAAGAUAGGACCGACCGCCAAAAGGAAUAAGAAAUGAUCAACCGGCUUAUUAUAAUGUUUACUGAAUGGCUAUGCUAAUAUAUUAUUUCCAUUCAUUUUCUAACGUCCAUGUAAGAAACCCUUCAAGUGUUUUUAGACAAGAUAUAUUUCUAUUUUUAUCGUUUAAUAGCCCUCAACAGUA